AUCAAACCGCACAAAACCAAAUAAUGGCGGCGCAGUGGCAGGCUCAACAGCCGGCAGGAUGGAACGCCCUGCAGGAAGACCCCCGCGCGGUGCCCUACUACGAGGCGUACCCGGGUGCGCCGAUGCCCGACGCGUACUACCCCGCUGCGCCGACGCCCGGGACGCUGGCGGCGAACGAAUAUCGGAAGAAGCGUUCGGACGACUACGGCGUUGACUCGUGUUCCCUGAUCCUGUUGCGUGUGGGUGCCAUAGGGAUCAUGCUGUUAGUGUGUGGCCUGGUAGCCUUCGUCAUGGUGGCCGGGAUUGGCUGGAUCAAGAGCAGUGACGCAGAUACCACCACCGAAAGCACAACCACCACCUUCUCAACGGGCCAGUCUUUUGUCAUACAGAUAAGGCACCGUGCAAGUGAAAGCUUGCCUACUGUCGUCGGGACCGAACCGAGGACCGAACCGAGGACCGAACCCACGGAGGAUUCGCGGGAAAUCUACUCGGAAGAACCGAUCGCCGUCUUGGGGAAUAAGACCCUGUCUUUCCAUGGAAACAAGAAGGCGGUGUACCGUGACGAAGUACUUCCAAACGUCCCACUGAAGCGUGCCCCUCGGCGUCCACGAAAGCUUCAUCGCAAUGCCGCUACGGCUCGAAGAAACAGAACCAGCACGACGCUGGAAUGAUCGGACUCUCAACAACGCAUGACCAAAUGCAUGCAUAAAUUGCGAGUGUGUUGCGUGGUAAUAAAAG